AUGAUGCGGUUGGCGACUCACGCUCUAGCAGCACAAACGGCGCGACGUGCGGCGAUGGUGACUGAAUGCGCCAGGGGAGUAAUGGCACGACGACCCGCUGUGCUUUUUUCCACGAGUGAUGCGCCGUGUAAUGAGGCAGCGAAAGAGAUUGCGCUGCCCAGCCACAUCAAGUUUCGCAUGCCUGACCUGGACUUCAGGGAGGUUGGCAGUGGUGCGGCAGAAGCGACGCUCACCAAGUGGUACGUGCAGGAAGGCGUCGCCGUGAAGGACGGCACGCACAUGUGCGAGAUUGACACGCCGGAUCUGUCUUUCCAACUCGAGUCUGGCGACGAAGGAUAUAUUGCGCGACUGUUGGUAGGUGAAGGCGUCAAUAACAUUUCUCCGGGCAAACCGCUGGCCAUUAUUGUGCCCACGGAGGCGGAUGUAGACCAGUUUGUAAAGGUGCUCAAGGAGAAUCCGCACUGCAUCGAAGGCUAUGUCGAGCCGGCGUGUAUGAAUCGGGCUGUUGAAGCCGAGGUUGCGGUAACACCUACGGAGAACGCGGCGUCAAGCGACGUUUUGCGCAUGCUCAACAAGCUGCACAAGGAAGGACUUUUUGAAGACGAGAAGGCUCUCAAGGUACUGAAGUCGCUAGCUCGGAAGAACGAUGAGCAGCUGCUUACGACCUAUAAGGCCAGCUAUGAGAAUGGCGCACUGAAGAAAGCGGCGUUUGACAAGGCGUUUUUUGUGGAGAAUGCACUUGAACUUGCGGAAGAGGCAUCAGGAACAUCUACGAAACACAAUGCAAGCUAG